CGCUUGCUGCUACAUCUUUGCUACCUCUCCGUCCGACUACAAGUUGUUGCCUGUCGGCCUCUCAUAGCUCCCACCUCUCGCGUCGACCACGCCUUCUCAACCCCCAUCAUGUCUUCAAUUCCCAUCGCACGCGUCCAGAAAAUCAUCCAAGCCGACCCAGAGCGGAUAAACACGUCCAAAAAUUCCGCUUUCGCCAUCGCCCUCGCGACCGAGAUGUUCAUCCAGCACCUAGGCGCCACAACACACAACGUGGUGAAAGCCGAGCGGAAGCCUCGACGAAACAUACAGUACAGGGACGUGUCGAGUGCGAUUGCAAAGACGGAUAACCUGGAGUUCUUGGUCGAUGUAGUGCCCAAGACGACGACGUACAAGGAAUUCAAGAAGCGGCAGGAGGAGAAGGCUAAGGGCAAGGAGAAAGACAAGGGCACAGAGAGAGAGAAGGAGAAGAAGGGGGUUACUACGAAUGGCAAGUCUGGUGGGCAGGCGGCAAGUCUCGAGGACGAGGUCAAGGGAAUCUUGAAUGGGAUUACUAGGGACGAGCCUGUGCUGAAUGGCAAUGGCGAUAGUGCUUCUUCUCCCACUUCAGAACAGCCAGAGGAGACACCCGAUGCGAUGGACGUGGACGAUGAGCCAUUGCCAGAGGUAGAAUCCGAGCGUGUCGAAGACAGCGAGCCGGAAGAGGAUGCUGCGGCUAUGCAGAUUGAGAUGGAGAUGCGGGGCCCGCCGCGACCUGCACCAAGUGCGAGUCCAGAUGUUAGGCGGUCAUCUGGGUUCACGGCGAUCAACGGUUCAAAGUAAUCUGACAAGAAGAGAGAGGGGAGUAGGAGUAUUUUGGCUUUUGCAUUGCGUCAGGCGUUUGGAAGAUAUCAUGGCAUGGCACUGGGUC